GCACAGUAACGUUUUCCUUCUUCGACACUCUCCGCAUAUUAGCGCGAAGAGGUUCCGAGGAGAAGAUCCUGAACAGAAUUCCCUCAGAAACCCUAACGCAAUUGCGUUUCGCUUCACUUGUCUUUCCAAGAAAGAGCUCAUUUUUCUUCCAUGAUAUGUUGUCAUGGAUGUGAAGCUGGAGGAAGUGGAAAUAAAUGAUGACGCAGAGUUACUUGUCCAAAAAGGGCCUGAGGAUCAUGGGUGUAUUGAGCUCGGCGAAAGGGUUGAACGGAUAGAAGAGAGGUGCACGACACUGGAGUGCGAGAUCGAGAGGGUGAAUGGUAAUUGCAAAGCACUUGAGGCCAUAAACAGGGCAUUGGAAGUAGAAAAGCAUGAGAUUGGAACUGAACUUUUGGAUCUGAGGAGAGAGAAUCGGGAACCGAAGGGGAGGAUCGCUUGGCUCGAAAAUGAACGGAAGGGUAGUCAUGGGAAGGAUGCUAAACCGGAUGCGCUGUCAAAGUUUGUUGAUUUGACUGCAGCAGAGGAGGAGGAGGAUACAGUCUUCCAGUUAAUGAUCGAGAAUAAAGCUCUGGAGUGUGAGAAGCAAAAGGCUGAAAGAGAUGCUGAGUUUUGGAAAGGAAAGUUUGAGGAGUUGGUCUUGUGGGUUUCACAGAAAGAUGAGCAGAUACUGGAAGAGCUAUUUCAAUCCCCAGAUUUUCCGGGGCUAAGCUUAAGGAAGGAAAUUAUGGAUCUCAAGAAGAAAUUAUGUGGUGCAGUUGAAUCCAAUCUUGGUGCACAAGUUAGGAGACAGUUGGUUUUUGAAGCUGAGGAUGGCACCACCAGAAAGAUCAGUCCGUCUACUCCGGGGAUCACCAAACCUGUUAUUACGAGCACCAUCAAUAUUUAUGAUAGUGAUGAUGAUGUUGAAAGAGAUACUGUGCAUCGUCCAUCUUACACUUGCGUUCGGAACCAGGGAAAUUCGAAGAGUUCUGAUUCAGCUAGAGAUAUUUCCUCCGUUCCAACUCCGAAGAGGAAACGAGCUACCAGGGUUGUUAGCAGUGAUAGUGACAGUGAUGAUGAUGACCAUGUUCCGAUAUCCAGGCUCAAGAAGCUGCAUGUUUCCGAGUUGUCUAACAACGGGGCGGAGCAUUCUCGUGUGAUUUCUACAACCGUAGAGGUUGAUGAGGAUGAUGAUUCAGAGUUAGAGGAUGUUGAAUCGGACAGUGAAGGAGAAAGCUUGGAUGGUUUUAUUGUUUCUGAUGGAGAUGAUGCUUCAACAGGGUCGGAAGCCGUCUCCGAUAGUGAGACGGACUUUGAGGAUGUAAUCUCUACGAUCAGGAGGAAACGAGAUUGUAAAUCUUCUGAGUGGAAGUUCGAGGGAGACAUGCUCGCAGCAUUUGGUAAGGUUCCCGAGCUGUGCAUGAAGGCUGUCUGUGCUCUAUACAGACAGCAAACUGCUGAUGAAAGAGUCAGCAAAGAAACCUUCUAUUGUAAUGGGCGCGGGUUUAGCAAGUUCGAUGCACUCAGGGGCUCCAAUUUAGGCCACUUUCUUACGGAAGGGGACCCCGAAGGCGACCUGAAGAAGUCAGUCGAGGAGUUGAAGGAGCACGACCCGAAAGCCGUGGAGCUGUGCAGAAGUUUGGCCACUCACUACUCGAAGCAACUGUUUGAGAUAUAUCAGAAAAAAGAGGACCCUUUGUUCCUUCCUCAUUGAAGGUCUCGAUUGCGUCGAACAAAGUUGGAAAAAAAAAAAAAAAUUUGCGAAGGCGACGUUUUGGUGUACAUAUAGGAUCAGUAUCUCUAAGUAUGUCAAUCAGAGUAUGUUUGCAAAUAUGUACUGAAGUCAGUUAAGUCAAGUCAGUUUAGUCGAAUGAAUUCGUCUGAUUUUAUUUAUAUUUAAUGAAUUUCUAUAUACAUGUUCA